AUGGAGUUCUGCGAGGUAGACCUCGAUGAGUUCUGCUACAAGCAAUUUGACAGAACGAAGAAGUCCUGUUCGUAUAUACCUUAUGAUAAGGAUGAGUUCCUCGACAAGGUGAAUGAACUGAUACGGAAAAAAAAGAUUAAAGUAGUACCAGGGUAUGCAGGUUUUUGUAAGCAUAUUUUUGUGGAAAAUUUUACUGAAGCAACAGUGGAGACCAUAGAAAUUAACAACAAGAAUAGGCAGCUCAUACAGACGGAUUACAUUUCCAGGAAGGACAAUGAGUUGCCUGUAUUGAUAAGGUGGAUUUCAAAGAAGGACGUGAAGGACAUCAUGAAGGCCAAGUACCUGGACCUUAUUCUCUACUCCAGGGAACAGAUCGAAAAGGAGAAUAGAGAAACGAAGACAGUGCCUAAUAAGAAGUCCGACUGUCUGUACUCCAUUAUCUGCAUUAAGCCCCAAGAUGUGGACUAUGAAUUGCCUAUGACGCCCAUAACCAUGCUGCGGAACACACUGAUCAGCGAGGGUGGCAGCGGCAUCAACUUGAACCGCGACAAGUACCUCGAGUCGGUCAAGUACUGGCGCCACCACGUGUCCAUCAUCGACAGUUAG